GACAUGAUGGCCCAUACCACGGCCUUCGAGAAAUUGGCCCACCAUCUGGGAUCGAUUCUAGACCAACUGCGCAUCAGGGCCCGAAAACAUAAAGCACUCAUGACACUUACAUAAUGUGUGGUGUACGUCUGACGUAAGUGUUAUGAGUGCUUUUGUUUUACCUGGCCCAGACGAGCGCUUUAUUACCACUGGACUACAUCUCGUCCCAAGUAUUUUUAAUGCAUGUAUUUGACAUUUUUGUGGCUUUGUUUCACAUAUUAUAAUUACUUAAGUGAUUUUCAUCAUUGCAUUGGUUAAUAUCGGUUUCUGCGGAAAGGUCCUGCAGAGGGUAGAUCAGCACUCAAAUCUAAUUUGGUUAGCGUAACAUUUAGUGAUUUCAAUUCUUGAAAGCUUUAACCGCAAAUGUAUUGCUAUGCUUCACACGGACCACCUAGGACACAAAGCCAGGUUUUAAAAUAUGUUUUAAUCAAUUUGUUUAUUUAUUUAUUAGGGUUAUUGGUUUUUGUUUUGUUUUGUUUUCUGGGUUUUUAUGGGGUGUUUUGUUUUGGGGUUGUUUUUUGGGGGGGGUUUGUGGGGGGGUUGGGGGGGGGGGUCAAGUUUAAUUCUGAACCAGGAGUCAGUUGUCACAACCUUUUCCCAUUUUCUGAACGCUUGUGCAUGAAACUUAAUUGACCUUCCUUCCUUAUGAAUCGGUUAUUGGUAGAUACGAUACAUAAUCGUUUGUGUUCUUCUUCUUCAGGAUUCAACAUUGAAACGCAUUCUUCCAGUGGCAUUGUCAAAUAUUUUGGCCUUCCAAUGCCAGAUUGCUUCGAGCGGUUUUGUAUUAAAAAAGAAUGUAUAAAUGGAACGAUGACCCCCACAUUUGUAAAUGAUGAAAGGUCAAACUGCUUCUGCGAUAGCGUGUGUCUGGUUUACGGAGAUUGCUGCCCAGAUUUCUACUUAGUGUGUUUGGAUGAAGCCAACAGUUCUCUCCCUGUCCGACCUGGUAAUUACGAAUGGGUGGCUAGCCGAGUUGAAACCAUGACGAGCAGUAGUUCACAGUUCAGAUUAGCGAUGAUCCUAUUCAAGCACAAGACAUGCUUUGAGGUUAAGCGUGGACUAUUUCCACAAUACAUUUGGGUAAUAGGGGAGUGCCCAGCGUCAUAUAACGUCUCUUCUAUUACCAACAGAUGCCAAAAUCAAAGUGCAGACGUCAUUGGAACUGUUCCCGCCACUCACACGAUUCACAGAUUUAUUACGUUCCAGAAUGUCUUCUGCGCUGUAUGUCACGGUGUACCUCUCAGUGACCUACAGAUGUGGGAAACAUCCUUAGAAUGCGUGCCAGACAUAGACAAAGAAAAUAUCACUUUUGAUUCGUUGCUGCAUUUUCUGAACAACAGUGAUUGUGUCCUUAGACUACAGUUUCCAAUGACGAUAGAACUCCGAUACUGCCACAUUUCUGAUAUCAGCGAUAGAACAUUUACCAACAGAAAUUCUCAAGUGUUUGUUGGAAAUCUCUUGCAAACAACCACACCAAAACCAACAGGAACUGUGUCCACAUGCGCCUCAUGUGACGUUGAUGUUAACGAAACUAAUCAAAAUACUAACAUCUCAUCUGGUGAUUCGAACACGUUGGUUAGAGUCCUAGAAUUGUGCGGCGCAUACCGGUAUCUGGUGGCUUUUACCUGCUCCGUCAAUAGGAAUGUUCACUGUAGUAACCUAGGAACAGAUAUAAUUUCUGUCAAUAAAUAUGAAUGCAUGCCUGGAUAUUGUCCUAAGUUCGUAAUUAUGCCAUAUUUCGUUAGUCUAGGAGUUCUGUUUAGUUUUAGUGAACACGGUGUGACGCUUUGCAGUUUAACAUCCACCUGCAAGAGUCCUCGUCAGAAAGCAUGCCUCGUUGAUGAAGUUUAUGACUAUUAUCUGGACCGAUGUCGACCACUCGUCUGUCCUGUAGGUAAGUCUCCAAUCAACGGCUCUUGUAUAAUAACUGGAAGUCUUGUGGGUGAUCUACAGCAUCAGAUAUUCCCACAUGGGUUUCAGGCCAUCCGGGUUAACAUCACUUACAACAAUGAUUCCUGCAAGUUAAAUAUCAAACUGUUUUCAAAAAUAAUGGAUUCCUCGUUUCAAACGGCCGGGACCGAACCAACUGAAGAAAAUGCAUUAAACUCCGUUUCAAAGAAUAUAUCUGGUAAUAAAAUAAUAACAUUGGUACUGGCAUCAAGCUGCUUCCAAUACGGCAAAAACCAGAUAAACAAUAACAUAUAUAACUACAGGUAUUCUUCUCAAUUCCUGAAUGCGCUGUUCAAAGUCUUAAUUCACAGCCACAAUGGACGAAAUAUUGCUGAAGCAACUGUCAGUACAUUUCCUAGCAACGAGGAUCUUGCUUGUGAAAAUAACACUCAUAUUAUGAGUAGAAAUGGAACUCUCGAGGAAAUCAACGAAUCGUGGUUUGUGUACCAUGGUUUCCAGUAUUAUCACCUAGAGAAUAUUCCAUUCGUCAUCAAAUUAGGUUUCGGCGAUGAUUUUGGAGCUAGUCUUGUAGAAUACAUUAUCUGUAAAAUGAACAGUCCUCUGUUGGACUGUCCCAUGAUCUCGUAUCCUGAAAACGAGACCGAGAGUCAGAACGAGACUCUUCACAUCCUUGGCACUGGCUUGUAUUUCUCGUUUGGAAGCUUUGUAUUUCACGAAAAUCAGGUUUACGUCUGUUCUAACUUCACCAGAAGUUACUUAUCGAAUGGACUCGUCCAUUUCUUUAAUUUCAACCCAACGCAAGGGCUGCUGACUCUGUUGUGUUCUGUCGUUUCGGUGUUUUCAUUAGCACUAAUGCUAAUCAUAUACUUUGCGUUACCAGAACUUCGGAACAUUCCCGGUAAAAUCGUCAUGUCAGUAUCGGUUUCCUUGCUUACGUCACAGUCAUUGUUGUUGCUAAGCAACCUACCCACUGGUCUCUUCUGCAAGGUUUUGGGAAUCGUCCUUCAUUGGACCUGGCUUUCCACGUUCGUCUGGAUGACCAUGAUGGCAACCAACCUUGUAAAAACCUUCACGGCCAAAUCCACUGUAUUACACAGCUACAAAUCAUUUCUCUUUUAUGUCGCCAUAGCAGUGAGUAUCCCAACUCUGAUAGUUGGCGUGUGUGUGGCAGUGGACAUGGCUGAAAUACCUAACAUGGUCAUUGGAUAUGGGGACAAUGGAGUUUGCUGGAUCUCUAAUAAGAAAGCUUUGCUCGCAGUGUUUGGUGUACCACUUGCUAUUCUUCUUCUGAUAAACGUUGUAUGUUUUGUAAUUACCAUAUGCUCUAUUGAAAGAAGUAUGGACAUCUCGAAAACGGCCUCAUCUACUAGAAAAGAUAGAGUUAAAUGUAUUAUUUACUGCAAGUUACUAAUAAUCACGGGACUUACGUGGGCUUUUGGGUUUACGGCGGGAUUCUCAAAUUCUGACGAACUUUGGUAUGUUUUCAUUGUCCUAAAUGGUAGCCAAGGUCUCUACAUAUUUAUCUGUUUUGUGUUCAACCGCCGGGUAUUGCGGUUAUUGAAGACAAAACUGUCGAAAACCAAAGAUCGUAAGGGUUUAAGCCACGAAUCUCGCACUUUGUCUACGCAGAUGUAGAUCUAAUUGUACAUACUGAGAAUAAAUAAACUUCUAUUCGAUACUUGUACUAUGUGCAUAUACACUUUUCAUCUGCAAGAACUUUAUGCUGAAAGUACCAGUACACAACGUAUGCACACCUGGUGACCUGCCGUAACUGUUUAGCUUAGGCCCGUACGAAGGGGGUGGGGUGGGAGGCGGGGGGGGGGGGGGUACUGCGCCCCUCCCACUCAAAGACAAAAAUGUACGUGUUAACUGUUUUUUGUUUAUUGUUUUUUGUCCUCUAUAUAAAAAUCAGGUUUAUGCCCCCCCCCCCCCUUAGAGAGAUUGUGACCCCCGCAUUAGAGGUUGUGCCCUCACCCACCCCCUCCCUACUUCAGACAGCGUUUCUACGGACAUAAACGAGGGUACAGCACCUGUUCCAUUGCUGGCCGAUCAGUUUGGUGAGAUAUUGAUUCAUUUCAAUUUAAUCAUUUCAGUUUAUGUCCCUGCUAUAAUCCAAUAAAUGUUCAAGCACGCCGUCCUGGGUAUGCAUGUAUCUAAGAAACCCGAGUUAUAUGUUUAAAUUCAGGUCUUAGUGGUUAGUGAGAGAAAGAAAAAAGAAAUGUUUUAUUUAACGACGCACUCAACACAUUUUAUUUACGGUUAUAUGGCGUCAGACAUAUGGUUAAGGACC